AUGGCCCCUGAGUUACUCUCCCUCGCGGCCGCCGCGGCCGCGGCGCCGGCGCGGCGGCGGCAGCGCGAGCAGGAGCAGCAACAGCAGCAGCAGCUCGAGCGCGAGCGCCGGCGGCAGGCGUCGCCGCUGCCGCCGCUCCCGCCGCAGCAGCAGCAGCCGCGGCGGCCCGCGGCGGCGGCGCCGGAGCUGGAGCUGAUGCAGCCGCUGCCGCCGCCGGACCAUCCGGUGCUCGAGCUGCUGCGGCGGCGGCUCGCGGAGGGCAGCGUCCCUGGGCGGCGGCGGGACGGGUUCAAGCUGGGGCUGGCUGUGGAGGGCGGCGGCAUGCGCGGCAUUGUCACGGGCGCCAUGCUCAUCGGCCUGCUGGGCUUUGACGCGCGCGGCGCGUUCGACGCCGUGUACGGCGCGUCCGCCGGCGCCAUGAACGCGAGCUACUUCCUCACGGGCCAGAAGGAGGGUCUUGACAUUUACACGGACCACCUGGCCACCAGCGACAGCUUUCUCUCGCUGCAGCGCUACUGGAUGGGCGGGGACGCGCCCGCGAUGGACCUGGAGUUUUUGCUUGGGGAGGUCAUGGGCAGCAGGACGCCCCUGGACUGGCAGGCCGUCAUCGACAGGCGCGCGCGCGCCCGCGCCGCGGCGUGCGCCGUGCGGCGGGCGUGGCCCCGCGCCGCGUCGGGGGCAGGACCGCCCCCGGCUCAGCGAGGAUGGGGCCUUUGA